UCGUGUCUCACCAUGUCAGCACUCAGCAUUGAGAACCUGUUCGGUGUAAAAGGCUAUGUGGCCUUAGUCACUGGAGGAAGCAGCGGAUUAGGCUUCAUGAUAUUCGCCAAUGGUGCCAAGGUCUAUGUCGUUGCUUUGCCAUCAGAACCAAUCGAGGAAAAGGUAGCGGAGCUAAAUCAAAUUGGACUCUACACAGGUGGCUCGGCGUUAGCCUGCGAUGUCAGCAACAAGGAAUCUAUUGCAGAGCUAGCGGAAGCAAUCAAAAGUCGAGAGACGCAUCUCGAUGUGCUGAUAUCCAAUGCUGGCAUCAGACGAGAUCCUCCGAUCCCUUGCGAUGUCCUUACAGCGUCAUUGUCUGAUUUGCAGGCAUCAAUGUGGUCGUCGCGACAUUCGGAUUGGUCAGACACAUUCUCUGUGAACACGACCGCUCACUACUUCUUGUCUGUGGCAUUACUUCCACUUCUGGCCGCAGCUUCACAGGUUGAUUUGGGCGAUGGACUUCGGGGCAGAGACGUAGGCCGUGGUGCUGUUGUAAUGACGAGUUCAUGCGCCAGUAUGCAUAAUGCGACGAAUGUGGAUUUGACAAGCUAUGCCACAAGCAAAGCUGCGACGGAUCAUCUCGUCAAGCUCCUGGCGGCCAAAUUCAGUCGAUUUUACGUUCGAGUGGUCGGCAUCAACCCUGGAUGUGAGCAGUAUUAUCGUUUCAUAUUGCACGAGACUGACUCAUUCGACANNGUCGUUCCAAGCAACAUGAACCCGGUUGGAGAGGCUGGAAAUAUGUUCAGCUCUCUCUUCGAUCGCGUUCCGGCGAAGCGCGCUGGAAAUGAGGGAGACAUCGCUGGAGCUGUUAUAUAUCUUAUCAGUCGAGCCGGUGUAAGUCUUGAGAUCAAGCUGCGACCAGCUAUCCAUUCCUCCAUGCCAGCCCACCUGACUGACUAUUUCACAGNNGCCUAUGUCGAUGGCGUCUCUGUUUGUAUCGAUGGAGGCCGUGUGCUGGUCGCCAAUGGGCAAGAGUGA